UCAUAUUUUGUCCAUGUUUGUCGCUAAAGUCAUUCCCUGGAAUGGAGUGGAAAGUGGUGAAAAACGUUAUGUACAAUUAGUGUAUAUGUGUGUGAACAAAUAUCGUUUAUUUUAAACUUAAUUAUUAUCGAACGAAAGCAUUAUAAAGUCAUUAGUAGAAACGCGAGAACUAACUUUACAGAGAGUAGUAAAAUUCAUUACGCUCAACAUUCCUUCUUUUUUUUCACAUUAAAAAAUUAUAACUUCGCUGUGACAAGAAAAUGUCAAAAUGACAGAAAUGUACAAUCCAUUCGUAUAUUGGGCUCAAACAGAGAAUCAGGUUACGUUAAAAGUCGAUUUGGCUGACGUUAAGGAUAUUGAUAUUAAUUUGCAAGAAAAAAAAUUGCAAAUAAGUGCAUAUGGUCAAGGUGCAAGAGGCUGCAAUAAUUAUGGAUUUAGUAUUGACUUUCACGAAUUUGUUAAUCCUGAUGAAAGCAAUUACAAAGUAAUUGAUCGUCAGAUAGAUUUUACAUUGAAAAAAAAGUAUUAUGGAUGGUGGCCUCGAUUGACUAGUCAACCACAAAAACCACCAUGGCUUAAAAUAGAUUUUGAUAAAUGGAAAAGCGAGGAUAUGGAUGAUAAUGAAUAUGAGAAACGAGAUGUUUGUAGCGAUUACCCUGAUAUGUAUGAUAAAUUGCAUAAAGAAGAAUUUGGCUAUAGGAAAGAGGAUUUCAAGAAAGUAUAUUUAAUCAUCUACAACUUAUGUCAAUUUGUUGGAUUUCUUUAUAUUCUUGUCGUUAUGAGUGUGAAAUAUUCUCGUGAUGGACCAGCUUCUAUAAAAUAUACAUAUGCUACUGUUGGAAAUCCAAUGAAAUUUAUACAGUUGCUACAAUUUUUAGAAGUUAUGCACCCUUUAUUUGGAUAUACCAAAGGUAGUAUAAUGAUGCCUUUCAUGCAAGUAGGAGGCAGAGCAUUUGUUCUAUUUUGCAUGAUAGAAGGAGAAUCACGUAUGCAAACUAAACCAGUUGUAUUUUAUCUCUUUAUGGUGUGGAGCUCAGUGGAAAUAAUCAGAUAUUUAUAUUAUAUUACACAAUUAUUGAAUAUAGACUUUUAUUUUUUAAUGUGGUUAAGGUAUACAAUAUGGAUACCAUUAUAUCCAUUAGGCGUAAUAUGCGAAGGUAUUAUAAUUUUACGUAACAUUCCGUAUUUUGAAGAAACACAACGAUUUACCGUAUCGUUACCAAAUUCGUUAAAUUUUUCUCUUGAUUUUCCGACUUUUUUGCGAAUUUAUUUAUUAUUCUUAUGUAUACCUGGCAUUUAUACAAUGAUGUCACAUAUGAAUCAUGCUCGCUUUAAAAAACUUGGGAAAUCUAAUAUAAAAAGGAAAUACACAUAACUUCAUUUUACAUCAUAUAUAAAUAUAACUUAAUAUAAAAGCCAAAGGUAUCUCUAUCUUUAGCAGAAUAUAUGCCAUAAUGAAUUAUAAUUUUUCUUAAGUUUUUAUACAUAAGGGAUAUACAUAAGGAAUAUGUAUUAAUUACUAUAUGAUAUUUACUAUGGCUGUUAGUAAAAUGUAUUUCUAUAUUUCUUCAAGCUUUUGUAUAAUACAAUGUUGAUCGAUAUUUAAUUCAAUGAUUAAAAUGAAGCUAUUUAAUUAUCAAUCGUAAUUAACUAUUAAACUUUUACUCAAGGUAAUCUUAAUCAUACGAUAUGAUUAAAUUGAGAUCAUCAUUGUGAAAUGAAUGUUUAUGUCUAUAUAUUUUUAUUUAUUUUUUUUUUAUUGUUAUUUAAAAUUAAUCAAAAUAAUAAGCGAAAUAAAAAUAAUUCUGCGGAAUAGUUAGUCAAUGAUUGAAAUUCGUAUAUCGAUUAAAUAUAUUAUAGACAUGCCGUGAUUCAUUGACGAAUUACUCUUUAGACUCUUGCACAUUGAUUAAUUAUUUUCUAGAUAUUUCGUAUCUCAUUGACAAAAUUUUCUUAGACGAAUGUAUAUCAAUAAAUUAAAAUUCUGUCAAAAAA